AUGGGCAAGAAAAAGACUGAUUUAGAAGAAAACGAUUUCUACAUGAAAGAUCUCAAACCUGAAGAAAUAACAGUGGAUAAGUCAAAAGUUGAAGAAUUGAAUGGUGUUUUCAAUGAAAAUGAUUAUAUUGAUAUCCCACCGGAUGGUGGAUAUGGUUGGCUUUGUUGUGCAUGUGUCACUAUAAUGAACUUUGCUACUUGGGGUGUAAAUUGUGGGUUUGGGAUUUUUUUAUCCUUUUAUUUGGAAAAUGAUGUAUUCCCUGGUGCUACUCCAACUGAUUAUGCAUUGGUUGGUGGAAUUUUAGCUUUUUUAACUUUAGCAUUAAUUCCAUAUACAUCUAUUUUAUUAUUAAAAUUUGGAUAUAAAGUCACUGCAUCUAUAGGUAUAUUGAUCCAAUUAGCUGGAUAUUUAGGUGCUAGUUUUGCUACAACUCUUGUUCAGUUUUAUAUUACACAAGGUGUUUUGAUCGGUAUAUCUUAUGGAAUAAUAUUUGGUGCAAAUUCAAUUGUUUUACCAUCUUGGUUCCUAAGAAAACGUGCAUUAGCUAAUGGUAUAUCUCAUUUUGGAAUUGGUUUGGGAGGUGUUGUUUUCACACUUAUUAUAAAUAAACUUAUAAUUGAAACUGGUGAUCAAAAAUGGGCUUUAAGGAUAAUUGGAAUUAUAUCAUUUGUUAUUUGUACUGUUACAAUGUUUCUAGUUAAGAUUAGAAUACCUCAAAAUAGUCAAUUUAAAGAUUAA